UAAAGUUUUGUUACGUAACGAGAAAUGUACUCGCGAUUGCAGGAUGCAGAUACGAGGGCCGCCGCUAUCAGGAAGGAACGGCCGUGAGUACGUCCGAGCCCUGCCUGCGCUGCCGAUGCGCCGACGGCGCACUGAGAUGCCGGCUACGGGUGUGCCCGCGACUGCCGAACCCACCACCGUCGGGCUGCCACAUUCGUGCACCGGCCGAGAAUGUAUGCUGCGCCGAGUUGGUAUGCGGCGGACCACGCGACGUCGAGAAUAUAUUGCGGAGAGCCGGUAUACAAACGAACGCGGAAGCCGCGGAUGAGAGGCACCCUCACCACUCACAUACAGAAGGAUGUCUGCACGAGGGGGUCCGAUACGGCUCGGGAUCGGCGAUGAUGGGCUCGCGUCGCUGCGAGUACUGCUAUUGCAUAUCCGGCGCGCGGAGGUGCAUCCGACCGAAGUGCCUGCUGCCGCUGCCGGGGUGCAGCCCGCUGUACGCACCCCAUUCCUGCUGCCCGGUCGCCUACAACUGCACCUACCACCAUCCGUCGACGAUGGCACCGAUAUCGGGGAACGGAUGUCGCGUGGGCGAGCGCACUUACGCCGAGGGCGAGAUGGUACGCGACAUCGAGUGGAAGGCCGCAUGCGACAAUUGUUUCUGCGCGAUGGGCGCCGUACGAUGCGUCCCGCUCGCGUGCGCGCCACCUCUCCAAGGCUGCAGCCCGAUCGUGCGAGAAGGACAAUGCUGCCCGUCCACCUACAACUGCAGCGGUAGCAUCGAGGUGAAGGCCACCCAGAACUACGCAUCCUACGCCUUCAUCAGCAAGGACUACGCCAAGUUCCGCAAGGAGACCAACUUCUUCCCGGCAAUCGAUCAAUCCACGUAUACGUCCGUCGAAGCACGAGGCCACAGGGUGGUCGAGGAGCAAGUUAGCACUGGCGCGAUCGAUCCUGAGGAGGAUUCGUCUGUCGCCACCUACUCGACCGCUUGGCCCUCGACCAUGGAGACCGACAUCAUGGACAAUGAAAUCUUGAUAGGGACGGUGGACUACAAAUCGACCUUGGAAGUGACGACCGCUGCGGUUUCGACAAACGAGUUAUCGAGCAACACCGAGUCGACCGCGUUCGAGCCGACGUUCGCGUCCACCAAAGACGCUGAUUCCGUCACCGAUUCCUGCGCGACGUGCUCCACGAACACGCUCACGGACUCGACAAUCGCGACCACGGAGGUGGAGAAGGAGGAGGAGGAGGAGGAGAAGGAUCCAUCUAGCACGGACGAUGGCACGACGAUCUCGUCGGCGGAAUGGACGACGGCGCUCUCGGAAUUAACGCUCGAUAACGGGAACGAUGAAAACGGGAAUACCGGCGAGGAUAAAAAUAAAAACGCGAACGAAAACGAGGACCGGGACGAGGACGAGGCCGCGGGGAUGAGGCGGCGUCCGAGCGCGGCCGAGAAAGCGGAUAUAAUUGAGAAAAACAAAGCUACGACGCAUCCUUUCGCAAUUUCCACGGAUGCCGGCGACACGGCGCUUGUCCCCGAUGUGAAAUCGCCCGAGAACUCCACGCUCGCCAAGAGAACGGAAGAGGCGGCCGUCGCUAAGAGACCCGUCACCAGUCCAUCGUCGACGAUACUCAUGCCAGACGACAUCCUGGUGAUGAACGUGACACUGAAGACGAAUGUCUCGGUGGGUCAUAUACAGGGUGUCACGAUAAAUCCAAUUAAGUCCAUACUGCCCGACGUAGAAGCCAUUCUGAACAUCACUCAUCGCGAAAAGACCGGGGAUUAUGAUUACGACUACAGCGGACAGGCUUUGCUGCCGAACGUUAGGAUAAUACCCUUCCUGGUGACGGACGCGCUGGUGAACGGCAAGAAGGACGUAUCCUCGUCUAAGACUGGAUACUCCCCCGGCUCGAGGGUGGUAUCCCCUGAGCUACGACCGACCGAUGCUUCCGGUUUUUACGACAUUGUGACCCAAGAGAACCGAUUUAGUCCGCCCGUAAAGACCGAAGGUGGCUUUGUGCCCAGAGAGCCCCCGUAUUUCGACGUUCCCUACCACUCCACGGACCUGAAUCUCGAGAUCGGCACCGGAGUCACCGUGGUCCCGGCGGCGCAGGUUGCGAAUCCGCACCGGAAGAACGACGACAUGUCCAGCAAGUGCCACGUGCAAAACAUGGAAUACCGUCACGGCGAGACCCUGCCCGGCGCCGCUCUCUGCGUGAUCUGCGUGUGUUUCUACGGGGAGAUCGCGUGCUCGCCGGAGAAGUGCCCGCCAUUGAAGAUCGGUUGCCGGAGGAUCACCUCCGAGGGCAGAUGUUGCGGGGAGAUCGUUUGCGUGAAAGCCGACGAGUCGCCGACGGUGGUGCUGAACCGCGCCGACGCCACGGCGCCUUCCCAGCGGCAGCCCACGGUUUCCCCGGACCCGUUCCGCGACGUUAUCAAGACCGAGCCGGCCCCCGACUUACCUUCCUUAAUCGAGGACAUGAUACGCGGCAUCACGACAGCCAGGCCGACGACGUCCAUGGCAGCGGCGGCGGCGGCGGCCGGGACUUCCAAGACCUCGGCUCAAGGCUUGACAGGCAAUCAGCUGCAACACCCAACGAACUUUGACUUCAUGGUGCCGCUUAUACGGCCACCCUUUGAUUACGGGGGAGAGACGGUAGACUCACCUUUCAUCUCGGAGAUCAAGUACGAUGGCGUAAACGACGGCGAAGCGUCCCCGAGGGACACCAUCCCGCCGUUAACGUACGAGCCGGAGGACCGGCUCGCCGAUCGCACCGAGGCGAACGCCCAGGCGAGCGUCUUCGGCUACGACGAUGCGACCUUGAACAAGCUAAAUCGCACGGACGACGACUCAGAGAACGGCAACAGCACCGAGCAGAAGUUCGCGCUAAAGAAGACCGCCGCUUCUCUGGUCGACAAUCGCGACGGAGAUUCCACCGGCAAGGGCAAUCACAGCGAGUCGAAUGCAAGCUCGUCGAUCGCAGGAGGAGACGAGGGCAAGGUCGUCGAGGGAGACGUCGAGGGCGAGAAGCAAGGCGUCUCUUCCGUCGACAACGUGUUCUCCUCGAGCGCCAGCAGCAUCAGCAGCGAGUCGAGCGCAAGCUCGACCAAGACGCCAGAUGUUUCCACCGUCAGCGGCGCACGAGAGGGUCAGGAGACAGCUCUCGCCGCCGCCUCGUCGACGAGUGCGGAAGGGUUAGCCGAGGAGACGGGGACUGUCGAGACGUCCUCGAAGGUCCUCGACAACGAGAUAUCCAUGUCCGUCGGCAGUUUGUUGAAGCUGGCGGGCUGUAAUAUAUACGGGCGGAUGUAUCGCGUCGGCAGAAUCAUCACCGAGCUCUCGAAUCCCUGUCAGGAGUGUAGAUGCACGGAGAUCGGUGUCCAGUGCAAAACGCUGCAGUGUUGAUCGGACGCCGAUUUCUUGUCCCUCUCUCUUCCCCUCUGUCUCUUUCUUCGUCUCCCUGCGCUCGCCCUCGUCGAAGCAAGUCGGCGGGAUGCAACGUUAAGAGAACGUGUAUACGCGGUCCGAUGAAGCAGGCGCGAUACGCCGUCUCCUCGUGAUGCCCGGAGAAUUGAAAGUGCGUGCGCACGGGGUUCUCCCCCGCGAGGCAGCUCGUUUUUCGCACGCGGAUGAUGCGAUUGUGAAUCUUCUUCAGAUUUCCUGCCUUUAUCCCGAAAGCGUGCCGAAAGUUUGCGACCGCAACGGGAAGAGUCUCGAAAGUGCUUUCGGCGCGAGCGAAAACGAUGUUUGGAUUUUGCAAUCGGGAGAAAGAGAGAGAGAGAGAGAGAGAGAGAGAGAGAGAGGGAAGGGGAGAGGGAGAACGGAGUGUUCGCGCGAAAUUACAUGAAAAUUUGAAUAGGAUACUCGAGCUGGAACAACUUCGUAAUGGGCGUUUAUGAAAAUUUCCACGUUGACAAAUUUCAAGUGUAACACUCGUUGCCGUCAACUUCGUCGGAUUUAACGGAAGCAACGACGUCAUCGGACGCGCGCAGGGAAGUGGACGGAGCGCUCUCUCUCACUCUCUCUCUCUCUCUCUCUCUCUCUCUCUCUCUCUCUCUCUCUCUCUCUCUCUCUCUCUCGGCCGACGCCACUUUGUAUCCCGCCGCUCCGUAAAAGUAUCCUGCGGGAAAUCGGCGAGUCUUCGCACGCGAAUCUUUCGUUAUUCAUCUUCCCUGCCCGACUCCGUUCGCGACGGAGAAUAUCUCGCCGUCGCAUCGUCGCCGAUGCGGGCUCUAAACGUCGUCUGAAACUAUGAAUCUCCGAGACGACUAUCAAGACGACUCACUGUUGCACGUCUUCCGCCAAGACGUCCUGUCGACGCGAUGAACCUUCGGCCGAAACUUCGGACACGCAAUUAUCCAGGCAGAACCGAUCGAUUCGGCCCCGAUGGCCCCCGAUAACGAGACACCGCUCGGAUUACUCUAACUAGACGUAAUGUCCGCGUCGGUCGAAUCAUUACGCGAUUCCGUCGUCCUCCGGCCAAAUGCGUCGCGUCGCGUCGCGGUCGAAUUUCUAUGGAGACUAAUGAAACCGGAGUCUCCGGAGCCCGCGAGAUAUCCGGACGUAUUUUCUCGUCGCGUGUAUUCUCCAAGCGCGCCGUUCGCGGAAGUUCCCGCGGCGGGACGGCGUUCGAAGAGCGAUGAAUUAAUAUCCCGCGAUAGGAACGUGACCGUCAAAGUUACAGAAGAAUCUCGCUCUCGACGGUUACGCUCAUCCCUCGUCACACGCGGCGUUUUCGCGACGACGGCGACGAAGAGGAUCGCGCGCGCCACAUACGAGAGGAAAGAAAAGCGUUCUUGAACGCCCUCGGAAUUAAGCAAUUCGAUUGCAAUUGUCCUCCACCGACCACGUCUACUAUCUGAUGCUCGCGGGACAUCCCUUUCGCCUUGUCCCCGAUCCUCCGCGAUCAACUUUCAACCCCCCUUACCUUUCCCGCCGAUCGAACGUAUCGUCUAUAAUCCAGCUUACAGUUCGCGGCGACCGGCUCUCUCGUCUGUUCUCUCUCACCCCCUUUCAACCACCCCCUGCAUCAUUUCCCACCCCCGCGUCCUAUCCCGUGGAAAAUUCCGAGAUUCUCCUCUCUCUCUCUCUCU